AUGUCUUCCAUCGUCAACAAGAUCAAGGACGCUGUCCAGGACAAGACCCACAGCGGCAGCAGCAACGAGACCGGCAGCGGCAACAGCUACGGCGGCAACAACACUGCCGACAACACCUACGACUCCUCCAACCCGCGCUCCCAGCAGGCUGGUACCGGCCGCACGACCCGCAGCUCCGGUGCUGCCGGCGGCUACGGCGAUGAUGCGUACGGCGCCGGUGCCGGUGCCGCUGGUGCCGGUGCUGGCGCUGCUGGUGUGGGCGCCGGCGCCGUCGGCGGCCGCACUGCAGGCGGUUCCGGAGUUGGCGGCAACGACCUGAGCAGCUCUGGCGUCGGCGGCAGCGACCCCACCUACGGCUCUACUGGCGCUGGCGGCGCUGGCCGCACUGCCGGCGGCGUCUCUGGCAGCGACCCUACCUACGGCUCUACUGGUGGCGGCGCUGGCCGCACGGCCGGCGGCGUCUCUGGCAGCGACCCUACCUACGGCUCUACUGGUGGCGGCGCUGGCCGCACGGCCGGCGGCGUCUCCGGCGGUGAUCCCACCUACGGCUCGUCUGGCACGGGCGGCCGCACUGGCGGCAGCUCCGGCCUCCAGGACCCGACGCUCCAAGACCCGUCUGUCAGCCGCAGUGGCGGUGCGGGCGCGCGUGCCGGCGGUGAUGAGUUCGGCACCAUUGGCGGUCAGGGCGGCGGCGCUGCGGGCGCCACCCGCAACCUCGAGGGCACCGGCCGCGGCGGCUACACCGGCGGCGACACCGGCCUCUAUGAGGGCGGCAACACGAGCGGCCUCGGCAGCGGUGCGGGCCAGAACCUGCGGCAGCAGGGCGGCGCCGCCGCCCAGAACCUGCAGGGCACCGGCCGUGGCGGCUACACCGGCGGCGAUACCGGCCUCUACAACCAGGGCAACUCCGGCGGCAACUUCUCUGCGGGUGCAACACGCGACCCUACAGAUGCAGCCCAAGUGCCGCCAUCUGUGCUCGCCAAGCACCUCGGCGACCCGGUCGCGCACCACGGUGACGAGGGCCACGACCGCGUGCGCCGAAACAGCGCGGCAACGCACCAGGAGUCGUUCCGGGGAAUUUAA